AUCAAAUGCUUGGCAAAACAUGAAAACAAAGGCAUAUGGAGGCAAAGAACUAUUUCUAGGGUACGGAAUUUGUUAAUCUGGGAAAAGAAAAAUGCAGUGUUAGUACUGUCAGCAUGUAACUUAUUGGAGAAGACAUAUUCUACAUGAAAAGAAGCUCAGAGUAAGAGCUGUGGCAGAUAAGAAAGAGAAGACUCGCAGCACCACUUACCCUUUAAGGAAAUAGAUUUGUUACAAGUUUCCAUUCUUAAAUAUAAAGCUUGUAGGUGAAUUGGAUUUUUAAGGUCUCUCAGCAAUGAUUUUGCAGAGCUGUUUAUUUUUGUCUAUAAAUAGGUAUUUCAAACCUUGUGAAUGAUCAUACCAACUACUCACAAGAUGGUUACAAAUGCAUUAUGUCUUGAGAGCAAAGUGUUGUGAGAGAAAGGUGCAGUCUCUGGCAAGGCAGAGGUGGUUUAUUUCUAUACAUUUAGGAUAGAAACAGAGCAACAGAGAUACUCAGGUUCCAUUGAAUUCCAAAUAAAAAUAUUUGCAACAGACAGUAAGAGCCUUGUGAAGUGGCCUGAUGCAACAGAGAAGCAGCUGCUUAGAAGGAAAUUGUUCCAACAACUGUCAGUAACUAGAUCUGCUGCUUAAUAGUCUGUGACAUGAGUGGAAAAAAAGUAUGAAAAAAAUAUAGGACAGCAAAACCUGAGGGAGGAAACAGAAGAAUACCAUUUUCCAAAAUAGCUCAGUGAAGUGACAUUUCUGAAAGUCAAGUUAGGAGACAGAUGAUAUUGGACUUAAUUGCCUGAAAUCUCCAUGAAUACUUGUGACAGAGCAAGAAAUGUCAGUGUUGGGAUAAAUCACAAUCUGAAGAAUUGCGCUCCUCUCCCCUGUAGGUGUAGUAAUUGCACCACUUAAUUAGCAUCUUGUCUUCACUCAGACUCGGGAUUAAAAAUUCAAAGGAGAUGAAUUUUCUCAUUGUUUAUUAAAUCUUAUCUAAAGCACAGAGAGUUCUGCAACACUUCUAGCUACCAGCUAAAAGCUAGCAAAAUGGAGGUGAACCUAGCUAGUUACAAGGUCUUUUAAAGCCAGACAGUUCAAUAUAGAUCUAACACCUAUAUUAUCUGUACUUCUGAACCAAUAACCAAACUCAUGUGACCCACAGUGCAGGACUAACUAUCCAACCACAAACUACUACCUGAAAUCAAGAAGAAGAAGGAAGAAGACAGAAAAAGAAACACCCAAAACCCUCCAUCCUGUCCCUUACCUAUUACUGUGUUCUAAAACAUUCAAAUUCACAACCCUUCACUAUGUGACAUCACAUACUUCUAUUUUAACUACACCCCCGUGCCUCUAACUCCAUCAUCCAAACUUAGAAGCCUUCUCCAAGGCCUCAAGGCCAAAGCUCUCCUGGGGUCAGUGUCAGAAAGCACAGAAAGCUCAAAACUCCCAGGUUUCUUGAGUUUCAACACUCUACCUCUGAGGGAAGGCUGAAGGCACUGGCUUCAUUUAAACUUUGAACUCCCUCAGUUGAGACAUUUUGAGUAGUUCAGAUGUAACUGAAGGGCAUGCUGAGGGAUUCCUCCUGAGUUUGGACCUAUGGGAAGGAGGCUGGACAGCUAGACCAGAUGGGGGUGUCUACGAAGUUAGCGAGAUGAGUUUUCCCCAGUUGCCUACACUAUUGUUAACUGUCAGGCUUGAACUCAUGUUUUCCUACCAGGUGGUCACUAGGCCCAGGAUCUCUCCUAGAAUUUAUCAGGGGCAGGCCUAUAAAUGGUAAAUCCAGACAAGCUACCUCAGAGGGAGUUUGAGUUUGUGAAACUGCCUGAUGCACCUUGGUGCGUGUGUCACUGCAUGAAGAGCUUCAAUCUACUCCUGCAUUAUCCUGGAUUCUGUGUCAUAAGUCAUAUGUGUCCAAAAGCAUGGGAAACACUGUUUUCAGCAGUGUCAGAGGCUGGACAGAAGACCUUCCCAAACUGUAAGGAGAAGGCAGAGCGACAUAGAGCCCUAACCAGGAUGGGGUGCUACAAGAGGUGCUCUCAGUCAGGGGUCCCCUUUUGUGAAGCCUGGCUCCCCCUUAUGUGCCAUAUGGGCUAGAAUGUUCCACCUGGGGACUAAGAACCUCCUAAAAGACAAUCCAUUGCAGUGGUUAACUCUUUUGAUACCCUGUCCUUCUGUGGUUCUCUCUCUAAAUAAAUGAUUAAGCUUAUUUUGUUGUCAAGUGUGGAACAUAUUGAUGUAACAAGUACCAGCAGUGAGGACUGAUAGGAUGAGGAUCAUUUUCAGCUACCAAGCAAUGAAGUAUGCAUACAGGAAGGACAUGGAGACAGCCUGCUGUACUGUAACAGCACCUGAUGGCUACAUAAACAUCAACCACGUAGAUUAGAUAGGCAGGAUGGUGCAUGGGAAUGCAUGCUGUAUUGACUUUCUGAAAUGCAUUCAGUUGUUCAAAGAAAGCAGUCAGGAGUGCAGAGUAUAGCUGGCCCUUGGAUGCCACACUUCUUUCAGUGUCUCUUACAAAUGUCUUUGGUGUGUAUUUUCAUUGAAUCAUAUUCAGGGAAACAUUUUUCACAGUAAAAGGAAAAAAAAAAACCAACACAGAUGUCCAGAGAUGAAAUUCAUUUGAGGUGUCGUGCAGAAAUGUACACUAAGUAAGGCAUAGAAGCUUGUGAAAGAUUCGAGCUGAAUUUGUUGAUGUGAUUUGUGUAAAGUAGUAAUAUGUUAAAAAUAAAAAAAACCCCAAACCCAUAAAAUACUGGAAUAAAAGUGUGAUUACCAUAGCAGUUUUCUUUUAAACUGAGGGACCUCUUCAGCCAUUACAAUUAUUUUUAACUAGCAUGUUACCAAGCAAGGAAAGUAGGAAGCAUAUUACCAUUUUGUAGUGGCACAGAAGUUUUGUUUCCAAUGCUCAUGAUCUCUCAUUUAUCUUACAUUUGUGCAUAGUCAGCGUUAGUCAGUACUUUUUUUAUGUAGGUGAGAAGUAACUAAACAGAGCUAAUUGGUUUUGUUUGCUUAAGAGAGAGAUUUUGAGUUUGCAGAGAACUCUUCAGAAUACUCGGUGUAGGAGGGGCUACAGUGUUAUAUAACCUCAAGGCAGAACUGCUGAGAAGUUAGAGUUGCACUGUGCACAAGGUGAGAUUUUUUUUCAUUAUUUUUCCCUAAAAAUACAGGGUCUUGUACAUGAAAAUCAGUCAGUGAAUGAGUUUUAUAGAUGAAAUGUGUGUAUGUACUAUCUUUACUGACACGGUUAUGUGCACCAAAUGUUAAAUUCUUAAUCAGCUGCUUUUGAGGUGUACAGAAGUAAGAAAAAGAAAUGUAGAUCUCAGAAGUGGGGAGUGUUUCCUCUCACCACCUCCUUCCUCCUGUAGAGAAGCUGACAUGUGGUUUACAAGGGGAAUGUGGUCGGGUUUGCUGCUGUUAAUGUUUCAGCUUUGUUGCUGGCAGCGUGUCAAGAGCUGUGAGGCUGGUCUAGGCUGGGCACUGUGUGAGUGUGUUUGGUGCUGAUGUGCACGCUGGCUCUGAGUGGGGUGGGUGACAGUCUGCCUAGAAACCCCUGAUGCUUUAAGUUCCUGCCUAGAAGCUGUUGCUUGAAGUUGCAGCAGAGUUGGAAGUGGACCAAGCAAGCAUUGCCCUGUGGCUGUGCCUGUGGUAAAGGCAAAUCUGAUGUUACCAGAGGCAAAAUUAAUUGCCAUGUCUUUGGAGGCUUGUGUAAAGAAAUUACAGAAGCAGGGAGAGUUGUAAAAGAGGUUGACAGGGGGAAAGAAUUCUUUCCUGGCCAGUUAUAAUGGAGCAUGAUGGGUGCUGGAGAAAGCACAGCAAUUGCUGAGUUUAUAGCAGGUAUCCGAUUAAACAGUAACCUGUAUUCUGAGAUAAUGCCAAAAUACACAGAAAGCACCCUCAGCUCUUUGGUCAGAACAGAAUACUUUGGAUGCAAAUGCUUUUGAUUCACUGACUUGGGUUCUCCGAGUGGUCCUAUGGCUCUAAGUACAGAGAUGGUUUUGAACAAGAUAACUUUGAGAGCCAGUUUAGAGACUCAAAACUGCAAAAUGUACUUUUUCAUUGCAGAUACUGGGGAAUCAGGCACGUGGAAACAUGUCUGGAAAACCCAAGCUGCAUUACUUCAAUGGACGAGGCCGAAUGGAACCAAUUCGGUGGCUACUGGCAGCAGCUGGGGUUGAGGUUUGCAUCUGGUCUUUUAUACUGAGAUCAUGUGACAAAUAUUUUGAAGAAUCCUACCUGGAGAAAAAGGAGGAUCUGACAAAGUUACAGAAGGAUGGAUCCCUGCUCUUUCAGCAAGUGCCAAUGGUAGAGAUCGACGGGAUGAAGCUGGUGCAGACCAGAGCCAUUGCCAACUACAUAGCAACGAAGUACAACCUCUAUGGGAAGGACCUGAAGGAGAGAGCCCUGAUUGAUAUGUACGUGGAAGGAUUGUUCGAUCUGAAUGAGCUACUCAUGAUGCACGUUGUCCAACCAGCAGACCAAAAACAGCAACAUUUUGCUAAUAUGAUGGACAAGGCUGAAAAUAGAUACUUCCCUGUCUUUGAGAAGGUUUUGAAAGACCAUGGAAAAGACUUUCUUGUUGGCAACCAGCUGAGCAGGGCAGAUGUUCAAUUACUUGAAAUCAUUUUAAUGGCAGAGGAGUACAAACCAGAUAUACUUGCCAAAUUUCCUCUCUUGCAGAGCUUCAAAGCAAGAAUAAGCAAUAUCCCCACAAUAAAGAAAUUCCUGCAGCCUGGCAGCCAGAGGAAACCUCCAACACGAGAGGAAGAUAUAGCCAAAGCAAUAAAAAUAUUCCGCUCCUGAGCAGCAUCCCAAGGGCACAGGAACUCUUUCACUGUUUCUGCAGAUAGUAGCAAGUAAAAUUAAUGGAAAGAGUGAAAAAAGGUUUUUGAUCUCUCUUUCCUUAGCUACAUGACUGGUUGUAGCCUACUGCAGAGUCUUCAAUGUAAAGCUACAUGAGCCUACCAGCAGAGGAUACAGUUCAGUGAUUAGGAUGUAUAGUGGGCAACACAGGAUGCCUUAAAUAACUAAAGAGAAUACCUGAAAUAAAAUUUUACUAUUGACACUCAAACCCAGCUGUUCAUUGAUUUCUUGCUGCUACUUCUGUGCCUAAGAUCUGUCUGGUUCUGUUUUUCUGGCAUUCCUAAGAAUUGUUGGAAAAUCAGGAGAAAUUAUCCCAAACAGUAGGUCAUGUAUUCUUUCUGGGAGAUGCCAGGAAAAGCCUGCAGGUUCUGGUUAGGUCAGGAUGAAAGGUUUGGAUUCCGCUUUCCUCUGAGCUUAACUUGGAAUAUGCUUGGAUCAGAGGUCCUACUGCACCUCUGUUUUGUCACUAGACGUGUAAACUUUUGUACUGCAGCUUCACCAGUAUUUCCUGUAUCAGAAUGUUUCUUGUAGCAGCUACAAGCACUUUGCAGACUCUGAGAAACAAAUGCUUGUCACCAGUUUACAACUUAAUGAGGGAGGAGGAAUCAGGAUGGUGUCAAGUGAUAUUUGGAAUGCAGGAAUACAUAUUGACUUACAUCAUAUUAUAUUAAACCAAGUUCUUUCCAAGUUGUACUGGAGUUGUUUAUUUUCAUCACUUAAAUCAAGCUCCACUUCUGAGGUUAGCAAGAGUGUUGAACUUGGAUAAAUAUGUGCAUUUAUGCAGUGAAAUGAGUUUCUGCCCAGGGCAGGAGGGUUGGAGCUAGACGGUCUUUAAAGUCCCUUCUAACUCAAACCAUUCUAUGACUCUGUGAUAUUAUUUAAUCCCGAAAUAAACCAAGUUUGUAAAUGAAGGAGCCAGUGCCCUAAAGCCAGCUAAAACCAGAGCACUGGCAAUUUUCAGCUGGGCAAACAUAGGGCACUGUAGCUAUUGCUAAAGCCAACAGUUUCUUCACAAGAAAUGCCAUAUAGCUGGAACUGGUUUUUGUCCUCAAGAAAGGAAAUAAACCCAUGCUUUUCAGCAGCAGAGCAUGUACUGAAGAGAGUUGUUGCACAAGCUG